AUGGUUCAUCUCGCUCCCCUCUCCCUGGCGGCCAUGAGUCUCCUUACUCUCGCCGCUGCUACUCCCACAGCGGCCACCACCGAACCCGUGUUCUCCUUUGCCAAGUGGGUUGACGACGUGGUCACCAACCCCGAGACUGCCCUUAGCCCGGAGGAGGCAUGGCAGGCCUACCUCGACACGGCGAACUCCACCACUUCCGUCCCCGUUGCUGCCCGCGGUGGCGUGGAAAAGCGGUGGGAUCCGGAGGUGUCGUGCAAUAACUAUGACCCCGGUCCGGCAUGGGCCCCCGACGCCGUCUGGUGCAUCAAUAACCUCGCUGCCAAAGGCUCUACCGCGUGUGUUGCUGGAUCGGUCACUUAUUUCUGCACCCGUGGAAGAGCCCGGAUCACGGGCGUUUAUAGCCCCCCGUCCGGAAGGGUGGGUCAGACGAGCUCCUGCCAACAAGUUGCCCAAUCUGCCGGUCGCAUCAUGGACACUUGCACCGCGCCCAACCAGUACGUAGAGGGCUCGCGCAUGAACAUCAACCCUGAAACAUUCAUGGCAGUCCAUAUCCGUGCCCCUUAG